AUGGACCUACUAGUCUCCCCACCAAAAGCGUCGGCCUUGAUACCGGUACUCCUAGGCUUCGCGAUAGCUUUAUUUAUCAUAAAGCAAAGAAAGCCAGCCCUCCGCCUACCCCCCGGACCCCCGGCCACCCCAGUCUUAGGCCACCUCCACACCAUCCCACACUCGCACCCCGAACACGCCUUCAUCCAAUGGGGCAAGGAAUUCAACUCCGACAUUCUAUCACUGCAUGUCCUCGGUCGCCCCAUCAUCGUCCUGAACAGCAUCGAAGCCGCACGUGAACUUCUCGAAAAACGAGGCGCCAACUAUGCUGACCGGCCGCGGUUCGUCCUCUUCGAGGUCAUGGGCUGGGGCGUCACACUUACAUUCUUGCGGUGGUCGCCGCGAUUCAAGCUCCAUCGCAAGCUACUCCAGAGCUCGUUCACGCAUUCGGCCUGUAAGCCGUACCGCGCCAUCCAGGAAGAGGAGGCAAGGAGGGCAAUCAAGGCGAUUACAGAACGGCCCGAGGAAUGGGAGAUGCUGUUGAGACAGUUCUCGACGGCUGUUGUGUUGAGGAUAGGAUUCGGAAUUGAUGUUCAAGAGAAGGAUGAUCCGUACGUGAAAAUGGCGAUUGAUGUUGAAGAGGCCACUGGGGAGGGCGGCGUGCCGGCAGCCUCGAUUGUCGAUUUCUUCCCCGUGCUACGACAUCUACCCUCUUGGGCAGCGAGAGUGUGGAGUGCGCUACGGCCACUUGCACAUGCACGGGCUACGAAGCCCUCCAUCCAAGCCCUACAUGAUUCUCCCUGGGAUGCAACGGAGCCCUUCAUCCGGUCUGGAACGGCCACACAGCCCUCCUUCAUGCGCACGCAUCUGGAGCAGUACAUUGCGAACAAAAAGGCAGGAAAGUCGAACGAGGGAGUCACGAUAGCCAACCUAAAGGGCGCUGUAUAA